CUCUCUGCAGACAACUCUUCGCCAUAUCGGUAAUAACGUCCCCGCUACAUGGAAAGGGGGAAUAGUCAGGUUUUGCUGAUUUGAUAUCAGAAUCAAAAUGCCAAUAAAUCCGACCAGAUCCAGGAUAAGAGAUCGGAAUGACCCGAUCAACAGACCCGAGUUUAUGUCACUGAACCAGCCUCUCAGAAAUAGCAACGAGGCACGGGGGACAUUAAGACGGCCUGGUUUACUGAAACGCCAGCCAAGCCAACAGCAGCAGCAGCAACCUCAAAAUGUACAGCAGGAGCCGCUUGAAAACAACACUGAGGACCGCAGAGAAUCUGUUAAACUUCCAGAAGAGGAUUGCAUACAACUCAACCCCUCCUUUAAGGGCAUUGCAAUGAACUCUCUUUUGGCGAUUGAUAUAUGCAUGUCCAAAAGGCUUGGGGUUUGCGCAUAUUCUCACUCCUCAUGGGGCAGUGUGCGCUCCAUGGUCAACCUGCUUGCAAUCACUGGUCAUGGCAUCCCUUGGAUUAUUGGCACAAUUAUAUGUCUCACCAGAAGCAACACAAUGGCAGGACAAGAAGUUCUGGUCAAUUUGCUUCUUGCUCUUUUACUGGAUGUAAUGACCGUCGCCGGAAUGCAGAAACUCGUGAAGCGCAAAGGACCAUGGGAGAUGACGCCUGGCCUCUUUGAUUACAUAGCGAUGGACAUUUACUCUUUCCCAGCAGCACAUGCAAGCCGGGCUGCCAUGGUAUCCAAGUUCCUUUUGUCACACUUAGUGCUCGCUGUCCCUCUGCGCAUCUUACUGGUGCUGUGGGCUUUCCUGGCCGGCAUGUCCCGCGUUCUUCUUGGCCGCCACCACCUGACAGAUGUGGGAUUUGGUUUUGCAUUGGGCUAUCUCCAUUUCAAUCUAGUUGAAAUGGUGUGGCUUCCCUCCAACACUUGUCAGACUUUGAUCUCCAUCGGGAAACUCAGUUGGAUCCCCCUCUAAUGACAAUAUCAGCAUUUUAGGAAACCCACAAAAGCUUGACAUCCUCCUAUCCCUCGGUCCCUAUUUUAGUUACGUUUUUCUGUCACAGCCCCUCACUGGCCCUCAUGUCAUUUUAAAUAGAAGUCUAUGAAGACAUAAUGUAUGUUAAUCACAUUUACCCCUAGAUAAUACGUUUUUUUUCAGCUUUGACUGAAUUUCUUUCUCCAGUGUAAAUGCAGUAUGCAAGGAAAUUAAUGCAUCCUUGUGACACAUUUCCGAUGUCUUUCUGACUAGCGUUUAUUUAUUACAUUUUGAUCCACAAUUUUUUGUUUUGUCAACAUAUAUGACAAUUAAUUUUUUACUAUAAAAAAACAGUGUUUUUAAAACUCAUUCUCUGCACCUGAAAGUGUAUGUAUUUAAAAUUUGCUAGUAUCAGUAAAACAAUCAUAAGCUAUCAGGGAUUUUGUGAAAGACACACUUUUACAUGACUCACUGUCAGAUAUUUUGUGUACAGUAUGCAGGAGAAGAUACAGGUAACUGCCAAAGUAAACACUUGAGUAAAUGAGGGACGCAAAGUAUAUUGAUAGCAGAUGCUUCCAACCAAGUGUGGUUCCUGAGUUAAAAAAGCAAUUAACAUCCCAUCAUGCUUAGGGUCAUGUAUAAAAUGCCUAGUUGCCCAUUACUUUGGCUACCAUGGCAAGAUGAAGAGAUCUCAGUUACUUUGAAAGAGGGGUGUCAAAAGAGCAUUAUCAGGCCCAAGGACCCACAGCAAAAAUAAUUUUUUUUCUUCACUACUUUCAUUUAUCUGCAGUCCAUAUUUAGCCUUAAAACUAAGUGUUUUACCAUUUUCUUUUCAGGACAUUUAGGGCUACAAGUAGAAUAAUUUGACAUAAACAGUUGCAUUCAUGAGUUUUAUUGACAAAUGUCAAUAAAAAAUGUUGGUCUGCCAAUCAAAAACCUGACUAAAUUAAUUUCUAAGAAUGCUGUAAGUACAGAAAUGGUUUGCUCAGUGGGAAAUGAAUAUCCAACUAUUGUGUGGCUUGUGAGCAUCAUAUACAGCUGAAGUCGGAAGUUUACAUACACUUAGGUUCGAGUCAUUAAAACUUGUUUUUCAAACACUACACACAUUUCUUGUUAACAAACUAUAGUUUUGGCAUGUCGGUUAGGACAUCUGCUUUGUACAUGACACAAUCAUUUUUUCCAACAAUUGUUUACAGACAGAUUAUUUCACUUAUAAUUCACUGUAUCACAAUUCCAGUGGGUCAGAAGUUUACAUACACUAAGUUGACUGUGCCUUUAAAAAGCUUGGACAAUUCCAGAAAAUGAUUAGAAGCUUCUGAUAGGCUAAUUUACAUAAUUUACAUAAUUUGAGUCAAUUGGAGGUGUACCUGUGGAUGUAUUUCAAGGCCUACCUUCAAACUCAGUGCCUCUUUGCUUGACAAUCAUGGGAAAAUGAAAAGAAAUCAGCCAAGACCUCAGAAAAAAGACCUCCACAAGUCUGGUUCAUCCCUGGGAGCAAUUUCCAAAUGCCUGAAAGUACCACAUUCAUCUGUACAAACAAUAGUUUGCAAGUAUAAACACCAUGGGAUCACGCAGCCGUCAUACCGCUCAGGAAGAAGACGCGUUCUGUCUCCUAGAGAUGAACGUACUUUGGUGCGAAAAGUGCAAAUCAAUCCCAGAACAACCUCAAAGGACCUUGUGAAGAUACUGGAGGAAACAGGUACAAAAGUAUCUAUAUCCACAGUAAAACGAGUCCUAUAUCGACAUAACCUGAAAGGCCACUCAGCAAGGAAAGGCCGCUCCAAAACCACCAUAAAAAAGCCAGACUACGGUUUGCAACUGCACAUGGGGACAAAGAUCGUACUUUUCGUACUUUUUGUCCUCUGGUCUGAGGAAACAAAAAUAUAACUGUUUGGCCAUAAUGACCAUCGUAAUAUGUGGAGGAAAAAGGGGGAGGCUUGCAAGACGAAGAUCACCAUCCCAACCAUGAAGAACAGGGGUGGCAGCAUCAUGUUGUGGGGGUGCUUUGCUGCAGGAGGGACUCGUGCACUUCACAACAUAGAUGGCAUCAUGAGGCAGGAAAAUGAUGUGCAUAUAUUGAAGCAACAUCUCAAGACAUCAGUCAGGAAGUUAAAGAUUGGUCACAAAUGGGUCUUCCAAAUGAACAAUGACCCCAAGCAUACUUCCAAAGUUGUGGCAAAAUGGCUUAAGGACAACAAAGUCAAGGUAUUGGAGUGGCCAUCACAAAGCCCUGACCUCAAUCCUAUAGAAAUUUUGUGGGCAGAACUGAAAAAGCAUGUGCGAGCAAGAAGGCCUACAAACCUGACUCAUUUACACCAGCUCUGUCAGGAAGAAUGGGCCAAAAUUCACCCAACUUAUUGUGGGAAGCUUGUGGAAGGCUACCCGAAACGUUUGACCCAAGUUAAACAAUUUAAAGGCAAUGCUACCAAAUACUAAUUGAGUGUAUGUAAACUUCUGACCCACUGGGAAUGUGAUAAAAGAAAUAAAAGCUGAAAUUAAUCAUUCUCUCUACUAUUAUUCUGACUUUUCACAUUCUUAAACUAAAGUGGUGAUCCUAACUGACCUAAAACAGGGAAUUUUUACUUGGAUUAAAUGUCAGGAAUUGUGAAAAACUGAUGCUGUUCUAAUUGCCUAAGAUGCUAUUUUUACAUGAAUGGAAAUACGUGUCUCUACGUUUUCUUUACAGUAAUUUCAGCAACACACCUUAUAUUGUGUUUAAUUUUGUGGGUUUUGCCUUAAGUGUUGUCCGUUUCAAAUGUGUAAGCGAUAGCUUCCUGAGGCAUUCAGAUCAAAAUAUUUCUAUGCGGUAAUUUUUUUCAUGCCACCACAUAAUGAAACUGCUGUCCUUUUGUAAGGCAGUCUACAGUUACUGGUUAAAACAAAAGUUAAGAUUGAAAUGAGAUUUUUCAAUAGAUCAACAUUUUGGAUAAGUAAGGUGUGGGACAGGGUUGCGUAAUAAUAAACUAUUCAGUAAGUAAGCAUUCACUGAACAGAUUGAUUUGAAUUCAGAUGGAUGGGUUAGGGUUGGUUUAAUUCUAUUACAAAGUGGGUCAUUUAUCUUUGAACAAUGAAAUGUUACCAGCAAUCUUUUCAUGUACUAUCUGAUCUUGAAUAGUGUAUACACGCAUGCGUCUAUGUAUUGGCAUAUCCAUUAAACAUAAAUGAUAUCCUCAAUUGA